AUGUACUUCCCUACCAUCAUCACCACCGCCAUCUUGGGCGCUUUUAUCACCGUUGCGGUCCCCGCCUCCACAAGCGAAACCAAGCGAGCAACACUCUGUUCCGGCCUCGAGAGCGAGCCUCAAUGCUGCGCCCUCGAUGUGCUCGGUAUUGCUGAUCUACAAUGCGACGCCCCUCCCAUGAACACUACUAGUGUCGCGGACUUUGUAAGCCUCUGCGCCUCUCUGGGACUCGAGGCUCAGUGCUGUGAUAUCGAUGCCCUCGGCGAGGCGUUGCUUUGCGCGUCACCUUGA